AUGCAGCUUUGUGCAGAGAAGGAGAUGGUGUAUGACCCCAGCCUGCCGCGUCGCAGCAGUUCGAGGGAGGAAGGCAAUGAAACAAGAGGACAUUUUCCAUACAUUGAUGAAAGGGUCAGCAUGCUUGACGAGGUGACUCUAGACAAGAUCCUCAGGAUUCGACACAAGACCAACAGCCGGCGGCAUCCAAAGUGGCAAGAGAUUCAAUAUUGGAUCAAACGCUGGCAUCGCUUCUACCUUCGGAGGAGAGCCGUCAAAAGGGCUGAAGAGAGGGGCACCGAGGCUCAACUCAAAAAGGCUCUGGCAUCAUCAUGA